AGCUCCGUGUUACAGAAUCUGCCCAUACAUUCGCUAACCUAGCCACACGUCGUCCCGCCGAGUAAACCCAUCCAUUCUCUAUCUAUGCCCGACACGGGAAGUUUGUCCUUAACACUAUCGAAUACUAUUUGCACUUCGCCGCGUCCCGCCAGGACCCAGGCCGUGUAACUUUUUACUUUAUUUGAGCUCAAGGCUUUGCCGUGAACGUACGCGAACUGACACAUCAUCCUUCUCGCGGGCUCUGUGUGGAGAAACCUGGGUAUCUCUUUUUUUUUUUGUCUUGCUUUUACCCCCGACAUUUUUUAUUUAUCUUUUUUUUUCCGGCCACCGUGUAAUUAUCGUUUCUUAAAACGCCCUCUCGAGAUUCAGCACGGUUAAUCGGACCCCGGACAACCAAAAGCUUGGACCUAAUAUCGUCGACAUGAAGAUACGGAUUGUGUUUUAUCAAUGGCUUGGCAAAUCCAGUGAUUAAACGAGUGGAAUAAUUAAAAAAAUAACAAAUAUAACUGGGAUGUAAGACUACAAAGAUCGUCUAGCACGAGUCAAAAACGAUACACCGAAAUUCGAAUCCAGCGGGUUAGAUGAAUGUAACGAUAUUUCGAAAACACAGAAGUCAAGAAAGACGAAGAAGAACAGGGGGAGUGGAAAAUCACACACUGAGUCAAUGAAAUAGUGCAGUUUUACGUUGAUUGAAAAUAGAUUCAUUUUUUCAAAACCGCUGUCGCAUAGAGCAAUGAACAAUCGCUGUCGCGAGUGAAAAUUAACGAACUUUUGACAGAACCGAACACCGUGGCUACUAAUUCUCCCGCGGGGUCUUUCAAGUCCCUUCGGAUGCAUCCAGAUUGCAUCGCCCAGCAUCCAGUGAAUCAGUGACGAGCUCUUCAGUGCUGUCAAAGCUACGCCGGUCCCUGAGGCUAGUCCUUGACGCGUGCCACGUGCUGAUCAGAGGAGCCGCUCUGCGACCCGGAAGGGUUGAUUCCCGGAGGAGAGACGGGAGAGAGAAAGAAAGAGAAAAAGAGCGGGACACCGGUCUCGUUAAAGUGAACAGAUCGAGUGAGCGCGAAUUGAAAAAUUUUUCAUGAUAUAUUGAGGCGAUGACAGGAUGCCUUCGUUUCGACGACGUGUGCCCAAACCACCCCCAUCGCGUAUAGUAUCCAGAUUCUAUAAGCUGAUUCUAGCCACCGUGAUCAUUUUUAUCUCAAACUAUCGGGCGACGUGUCUGAUGAGCAAUUCCGUCGACGACUGGGCCGGGGGAAACGCCAUUGUCUGCAGUGGUAUCCCAGGUUUGACCAAGGAGCAGCGAGAGCUCUGCAACAGGAACAGUGACGUGACUGUCGCCGCUCUGAAGGGACUGCAAAUGGCCGUGUCCGAGUGUCAGCACCAGUUCGCAUGGCACAGGUGGAACUGCUCCUCGCUGACGACGAACAGCCGCAACCAACAGAGCAGCAUUCUUCUCCAGCGAGGUUAUAGAGAAACAGCCUUCGCCUACGCGAUAUCGGCCGCUGGUGUCGCGCACAGCGUCGCCAGAGCGUGCAGCAUGGGUCGUCUGGUAUCCUGCGGAUGUGAUCCAUCCAGCUACAAAGGCAGACCUCCAGCGAAAGCUCGGGGCGCGCAGUGGAAAUGGGGUGGAUGCUCCCACAACCUGGACUACGGGAUGCAGUUUUCAAGGCACUUCUUGGACUCUCGUGAAAAGGCGGGCGACAUCCAGUCGACGGUCAAUUUGCACAAUAACCAAGCCGGACGAUUGGCGCUGUCAACCAACAUGCAGGUGCGAUGCAAGUGUCACGGAAUGUCGGGAUCCUGCGAGUUGAAGACGUGCUGGAAGGCGGUCCCUGAAUUCCGUAUAAUCGGUAAAACGCUGAAGGACCGUUUUCGCAGCGCGAUUCUGGUCGCUCAGAGCAAUUUGGGGAACAUCACGCCACUGACCAGAGUUCGAGGCUCGCGGCGAAGAAGACCGGAGCACAGGCAGAAGCAGCGCAAGCACAGGGGCGGCCGAAAACGGAAGCCGAAGGACCUCGCGAAGCAGCUUUUCUACUACCAAAAGUCACCGAAUUUCUGCGAGCGGGACCCGGCAGCCGACAUUCCCGGCACCAACGGCAGGCGGUGCAACCGAACCAGCCCCAGCGGAGACGGCUGUGCUUCGCUGUGCUGCGGCCGCGGCUACAACGUCGUUCGUCAACGACGGACCGAACGAUGCCACUGCAAGUUCCACUGGUGCUGCUUCGUUCAGUGCCAAAAUUGCACGGUCGAGGAAUGGGUCACGGUCUGCAAGUGACUUUUUCACGGUUUCUUAUUUUAUACCGGAGAGUAUGCAGCAAAUCAAUAUCAACGGAACAAUUUCGACGUUAUUAACAUCUGUAUGAUCGUUGUUUCGUGCGCGGAUUAUUAUCGGGUUAUUUUCACGUUUAUUGAUGGCACUUAUAGAGAGAAAAGCGAUUGAGACCAAAGAUAAAUAGUACUGAGAUGGGUGAAUUUUUUAUAACACACAGAUAAACAACUUUAUGCUAUCAUUUUCGAUUCUUUACCAAAGUAAUAUGGUAUCUGUUACAUUCACUUUUGUCUUGAGGAUUCUUCUUUCUCAGGAAAUAUCGAACGCGUUAUCGAAUCAAAUGAAACGGUGUCACCCGAUCGAUCGACGCUCGACAUUUUUCUUUAGUUUUUUCUCUGAUACUACAAGCACUUUGGAGAUUUCAAUGAGCCGAUAACGUUGUAGGAAAAACGAGCCGCCCAUUUCUCCUUCGUCGAAGAUAAGAUUUGUCAUUAGAAAUAUUAAAGAAUUUUAUUAUACAAUUUGAAAAUGUAAUUUAUCACUUGGGAAGCUUGUAUAUUAUUAUAUAUACGUACCUAACCGGUGAAAAUGACCAGACUGACACAAAUAAUGAUGUAGUUAAGUAAUUUUUAAGGGUUGUAUGAAUUGCAUAAGAUAGGCGUUUACAGUAUUGAGUUAAAAAAAUGUAAAAUAAACGUGGCUAUAAUUAUAGGUAGGUGAAUAUGCAUAUAUGUAUAUGUAAUAAAAAGGCAAUUGACAGUUGCCGGUGAGAAGCCUAGGCAAUAAUUACUGUGCCGUUUAUAACAAUAAAAAUAACAAAAACAACAACAACAACAACAACAACAAUAAUAAUAAUAAC